AUGACAUCAGAAAUACUGAGGUCUGUGAAUCUGACGUUUCAACUUUAUCGCCGUCUCCAAAUCCUCGUGAAGAACAGAACAUCUGAUUUGGUUUACGCGAACAUAUCAACAUAUGCAAGAAUACCUCAAGAAGCACAUCAGAUUCUUGUCGGCCUAGAGGUUCGUAAGGUGAACCUUGCAGCGGCCACUCCUCCAUGCCAAAAGAAUGCAACAUGA